CUUUCGGUGACUAACAGAUGCCUUUACACUCGGUUUCAUUUGAAGUGUGAGAAGAAACUAGAAAGUGACAGGCCUGCAUAGCAGGAUAGGAAACGUGGUACAGUGACAAAUUAUGGACAAAAGCCCCAAAACCAAAGCAGCCUAUAUCUGAAGGUAGGGCAAGGUUAACAAAGUGGAUAUAUAUUUUUUUUUAUAAAAGAGCGACUUAUUUGACAACAUCUGGAACAAUUGGGGGUCAAGGGCCCUACUCUAGGGUCCAACAGCAGAAUCACUGGGGUUUGAACCAAUGACCUUAUAAGCACAGCAUCCUAACCUGCUGAGCCACACACUGCCCCCUACUGUACAACAUUAAUUCAACAAUUAGAGUUCCUGUUUAAAAUUGAGCUUUCUUACAGACUGUGAGCUCAGUGUCAGCAUUUGUGUAUAAAAUGAGAGCCUCUAAGACUGGGUUAAAUAUAGUGUGCCAGUGUGGCUAGUAAUGUUGUGACUCUUGGGGGGAGUUUCCUCUCACAGUCCAAUGAUAAGCAUAAAUCGGUGUCUUUAAAUUGGCCAAGCUGUCCUUGCUUUCGGUCCAAUACAGAGAUUAAGCCCCCCAUGACAUUGUACUGGACGACAGGUUUAUGAAUGUUAAGUUACAUAACUUUUUUUUCUUCCAAAAAUACCUACACACCUUCUAUACUAACGGCAAAAUUGCAUUUUUGAAUAAAUGUUUUUAUGGUUUUUUUUUUAACAGCAAGAUUACCUUUUUCCUUUCAAAAUUGAAAUUGAAUUGCAAUUUCAAGGAUGAGGCGCGCACACACACACGUACUGUACACACACAUUCCACCUGCUCACCUGUCCCUUUCUGUCUAACGGGAUUGCCCCCCACCCGUCCCUGGCCAGCACGCAGGCGUGGUGAAUCGUGCCGCAGGCAGGGGGCGGCAACAUGGCGGAGAGAGUGGUUUAGCCUUCAGAACAACAUUAGCUUAGUGACUUCACCACUGUCAUUACUGGCUGACACCUAGAACGAAUUAAAUUUUAAGAUAAAGUGCUGUUCCUUACACAAUUUUAAAUACGACAUUGCCUGGAUACGUAUGCAUUUCUAUGCAUACAUGGGCGAGAGUGUGGAUUUCAUUUGAAAGGAGAAUUACCCUUAUAAUAUUCGAGAAUUUUCUUUUCCCCCUUUUCCUUGAUGCUUUUGUAUAGCCGGUCGUGAUAUUAAGCAGGUGCUGUCGCUCCGUCGGAUUCCGGUGGAAAUGUCAAGCGAGAAGUCCAUUUCUGUACCGGGUUCGGUUUCUCUGUCGGACCGAGAACCUCCACCUAAUCAUGGGCAACAGGGGGCUACUGGCUCGGGUAUCCGUGAGAUGAUGGUGUCUGGGUCAGGCUCGAUGGUUCUGCCCGCCGGGAUGAUCAAUCCCUCGGUUCCGAUCCGGAAUAUCAAGAUGAAAUUCGCCGUCCUCAUCGGUCUGAUCCAAGUCGGCGAGGUCAGCAACAGGGACAUCGUCGAGACGGUUCUGAACCUGCUGGUGGGUGGCGAGUUCGACCUGGAGACCAACUUCAUCAUCCAGGACGCGGAGAGCAUCGGCUGCAUGGUGGAGCUCCUGGAGCACUGCGACCUGCCCUGCCAGGCCGAGAUGUGGAGCAUGUUUACGGCCAUCCUGCGCAAAAGCAUGCGCAACCUGCAGACCAGCACCGAGGUGGGCCUCAUCCAGCAGGUGCUGACCAGGAUGGGCGCCGUUGACGACAUGAUCGCAGACCUGCUGGUGGACAUGCUGGGGGUGCUGGCCAGCUACAGCAUCACCGUCAAAGAGCUGAAGCUGCUCUUCAGCAUGCUAAGGGGAGACAAUGGCGUCUGGCCGAGGCACGCGGUGAAGUUACUGUCGGUGCUCAAUCAGAUGCCCCAGAGGCACGGCCCAGACACCUUCUUUAACUUCCCAGGACGCAGUGCGGCCGCCAUCGCUCUUCCUCCCAUCGCCAAGUGGCCUUACCAGAAUGGAUUCACUCUCAACACCUGGUUUCGCAUGGACCCGCUCAACAACAUCAAUGUGGACAAGGACAAGCCUUAUCUCUACUGCUUCCGGACCAGCAAAGGAAUCGGGUACUCCGCACAUUUUGUGGGCAACUGCCUGAUAGUGACGUCCCUGAAAUCGAAGGGCAAAGGUUUCCAGCACUGUGUGAAAUACGACUUCCAGCCACGGAAGUGGUACAUGAUCAGCAUCGUCCACAUCUACAACCGCUGGAGGAACAGCGAGAUCCGCUGCUAUGUUAACGGCCAGCUGGUCUCCUAUGGCGAUAUGGCCUGGCACGUCAACACUAAUGAUAGUUACGACAAAUGCUUCCUGGGCUCAUCGGAGACAGCAGAUGCCAAUCGAGUCUUCUGUGGCCAGCUGGGGGCGAUCUACGUGUUCAGUGAGGCGCUCAACCCGGCCCAGAUCUUCGCCAUACACCAGCUGGGGCCUGGCUACAAGAGCACCUUCAAGUUCAAGUCUGAGAGCGACCUGCACCUGGCCGAGCACCACAAGCAAGUGCUGUACGACGGCAAGCUGGCCAGCAGCAUCUGCUUCACCUACAACGCCAAGGCCACCGACGCCCAGCUCUGCCUGGAGUCCUCGCCCAAGGAGAAUCCCUCCAUCUUUGUGCACUCGCCCCAUGCCCUCAUGCUGCAGGACGUGAAAGCCAUCGUGACACACUCCAUCCACAGUGCCAUCCACUCCAUCGGUGGCAUCCAGGUGCUCUUCCCACUUUUUGCUCAGCUGGACUACCGCCAGCAGAAUGAUAGCCAGGUGGAGACCAUGGUCUGUGCCACGCUCCUCGCCUUCCUGGUGGAGCUUCUGAAGAGCUCUGUGGCCAUGCAGGAGCAGAUGCUGGGGGGCAAGGGCUUCCUGGUCAUCGGGUACCUCCUGGAGAAGUCGUCCAGGGUCCACAUCACCAGAGCCGUGCUGGAGCAGUUCCUUUCCUUUGCCAAGUACCUGGACGGCCUGACCCACGGUGCACCUUUACUCAAGCAGCUCUGCGACCACAUCCUGUUCAACGCGGCCAUCUGGAUCCACACCCCAGCCAAGGUACAGCUCUCCCUCUACACAUACCUGUCAGCAGAGUUCAUCGGCACGGCAACCAUCUACAGCACCAUCCGACGUGUCGGUACUGUGCUGCAGCUCAUGCACACGCUCAAGUUCUACUACUGGGUACUGAAUCCCAUGGAGAGCAGUGGAAUCACGCCCAAGGGUUUGGAUGGACCCCGUCCUUCACAGAAGGAGAUCAUUUCCCUGCGAGCUUUCAUGCUCCUCUUUCUGAAGCAGCUUAUCCUCAAGGAUCGUGGCGUGAAGGAGGAUGAGCUGCAGAGUGUGCUUAACUACCUGCUAACGAUGCAUGAGGACGAGAACAUCCACGACGUGCUGCAGCUGCUGGUUGCCCUCAUGUCCGAGCAUCCCGCCUCGAUGAUCCCUGCCUUCGACCAGAGGAACGGCAUACGGGUCAUCUACAAACUGCUGGCCUCCAAAAGCGAGAGCAUCCGGGUUCAAGCUCUUAAAGUCCUAGGCUACUUCCUCAAGCACUUGGGGCACAAGAGAAAGGUGGAGAUCAUGCACACCCACAGCCUGUUCACUCUGCUGGGCGAGCGACUGAUGUUGCACGCCAACACGGUCACCAUCACUACCUACAACACACUCUAUGAGAUCCUUACAGAACAGGUCUGCACACAGGUGGUGCACAAACCCCAUCCAGAACCAGACUCUACUGUUAAGAUUCAGAAUCCAAUGAUCCUGAAGGUCGUGGCUACCUUGAUGAAGAACUCCUCCCCCAGUGCCGAAUUGAUGGAGGUCCGUCGCCUCUUUCUGUCUGACAUGAUCAAGCUGUUCAGCAACAGCCGGGAGAAUCGGCGGUGCCUCCUCCAGUGCUCCGUCUGGCAGGACUGGAUGUUCUCGCUUGGCUACAUCAACCCCAAGAACCCUGAGGAGCAGAAGAUCACGGAGAUGGUGUACAACAUCUUCCGCAUCCUGCUGUACCACGCCAUCAAGUACGAGUGGGGCGGCUGGCGCGUCUGGGUGGACACGCUGUCGAUAGCGCACUCCAAGGUGACGUAUGAGGCUCACAAGGAGUACUUGGCCAAAAUGUACGAGGAGUACCAGCGGCAGGAGGAGGAGAACAUCAAGAAAGGCAAGAAGGGCCUAGUCAGCACCAUUUCUGGCCUGUCUGCUUCGGGCAUCAAGGGCGCCAUCGAGAUCCGCGAGAUCGAUGACCACUCGCAGACGCAGACGCCCGAGAGCGAGGCCGACUACCCUGAGAGCGCAGACUCGCGCCACCUGCUGGUGGACCCCAAGGGGCCGGAUGAGCUUGCAGGCGGCGAGCGGCCUGUGGGCGGGGUGAGGGUAGAGGUGCAUGACCUGCUGGUGGACAUCAAGGCAGAGAAGGUGGAGGCCACUGAGGUGAAGCUGGACGACCUGGACCUGUCCCCGGAGGUGCUGGGCCUAACGGAGAACGGGCCGCUGGUGGAGGUGGACUCUCUGCUGGACAAUGUGUACUGCGCCGCAGUGGGCAACCUGCGCGGCGUCCUGGUGUCCAAGGAGAGUGGCGAGGACAAGAAUACCGGGCCGCUCAUCACCCUGGCUGACGAAAAGGACAGCGUCACUGGCGAUGGCGGCUUCUUGUUUGGCAAGGUGGGCGGCGGCCCAGACAACAAGCUUCUCGGGCAUCUGACCUCUGCCGAGAGGCUGGUGCUGUCCGGCCCAGAGCCCACAGUCAUUCCCGGCAGCAGCGCCGAUGACCUGGGCCUGCUGGCCCACAUGACAGCCAGCUCCGACCUGCCGUCUGCUCCCAACCUCUUGGAGGACACUGAGUUCAAACUGCACGCAGCCCUGGAGGACCUCAACCCCAUGGUGGAGCCUGAUGCCAUCCCCAAGGUUACCGACUACACCACCGGGGGCGCUGUGGGGACAGAGGGGGAUGCAUCCGCCACGAAAAGCGGGGGCGCCGUGGAUGCGGGCAGUACCAACUCUGACACCGAGAGGUCCGAUGACGGCAAGGAUAAAGAGACAAAGAAGAUCCAGACCACAGCGACCACUCAGACUCUGCAUGGGCGGACGUCCAGCCACAUGGAGCGGGACCUGCGUGUGGACCUGGGCUUCAGGGGCAUGCCCAUGACGGAGGAGCAGCGGCGCCAAUUCAGCCCAGGCCCACGGACCACCAUGUUUCGCAUCCCAGAGUUCAAAUGGUCACCCAUGCACCAGCGACUGCUGACCGACCUGCUCUUUGCCCUGGAGACCGAUGUCCACGUCUGGAGGAGUCACUCGACCAAGUCAGUCAUGGACUUCGUGAACAGCAAUGAAAACAUCAUCUUUGUCCACAACACAAUUCACCUCAUCUCUCAGAUGGUGGACAACAUAAUCAUCGCUUGUGGUGGAAUACUUCCUCUCCUGUCGGCAGCAACCUCGCCCUCUUCUCCCAUCAAGGACCCUGACAGACUUCUGCAGGACGUGGACAUCAACCGCUUGCGUGCUGUUGUUUUCCGCGAUGUGGACGACAGCAAGCAGGCGCAGUUCCUGGCCCUGGCUGUCGUCUAUUUCAUCUCUGUCCUCAUGGUGUCCAAGUACCGGGACAUCCUGGAGCCGCAGAGGGAGACGGCCAGGGUGGGUGGCCAGCUGGCUCGGAACAUCCGGCAGGAGAUCAACUCCCCGACCAGCAAAGAGAACCCCACCUCCUUUUCUGAGAGCACUAAGGAGCAGCCCAUGCCCGAGGAGGACAUGUCAGCCGAGGGCUCGCUGCCUCACACGGAUUCCGGCCUCGGCGAGGAACACAUGUCUGGGGUGCUGAACGGGACCGACCCGGAGGUGGGGCUCCUAAUCUGCGGCCUCCCGGCCGAGGCACGGCAUUCCCGCGAGAGCCUGGCCGAGCCGCCCGCCGCCGUGGCCACCGCCACCGCCGCUGAGGCCCUCAGGCCUGCUGCCUCCAUCUCCAGCAUCUCCCAGGCCAACAAGGGCAUCAACGUGAAGGAGAUUCUGAAGAGCCUGGUGGCAGCUCCUGUGGAGGGCCUUGAGGCGGGCCCCGAGCCCCUGCCCUACCCGGACCCCGCCGUGAAGAGGGAGGCGCAGGCUGCCCUCCCCAUGCAGUUCCACUCCUUCGACAGGAGCGUGGUGGUACCUGUGAAGAAGCCCCCCCCAGGGACCCUCUCGGUGAACACAACGGGCAACCCGGGGGCGUCGGCAGCUGCCGCCGCGGCGCUGGCUGCGGGGAGCACACCCAACAUCUUCGCCGCCGCCUCCACCGCCACCUCCACCACCUCCGCUACGCCCAAGAGCAUGAUCAACACCACGGGAGCGACAGAUUCUGCCUCCUCUUCCUCCUCCUCAUCCUCUAGUUUCGUCAACGGUGCCACCAGUAAGAACCUGCCAGCGGUGCAGACGGUGGCCCCCAUGCCGGAGGACACCAUGGAAAACAUGAGCAUCACCACCAAGCUGGAACGCGCCCUGGAGAAGGUGGCCCCCCUAUUAAGGGAGAUCUUCGUGGACUUUGCACCCUUCCUGUCACGCACUCUGCUGGGCAGCCACGGCCAGGAGCUGCUCAUUGAAGGUCUGGUGUGCAUGAAGUCCAGCACGUCUGUGGUGGAGCUGGUCAUGCUUCUCUGCUCACAGGAGUGGCAGAACUCGAUCCAGAAGAAUGCAGGCCUGGCCUUCAUCGAGCUCAUCAAUGAGGGCAGACUCCUGUGCCAUGCCAUGAAGGACCACAUUGUGCGCGUGGCCAAUGAGGCCGAGUUCAUCCUGAACAGGCAGCGCGCUGAGGACGUGCACAAGCACGCCGAGUUUGAGUCGAACUGUGCCCAGUAUGCGGCGGACAGGAAGGAGGAGGAGAAGAUGUGUGAGCACCUGAUCAGCGCCGCCAAGCACCGGGACCAUGUGACAGCCAAUCAGCUGAAGCAAAAGAUCCUGAACAUCCUGACCAACAAGCAUGGGGCUUGGGGGACCCUCUCACAGAGCCAGCUGCACGACUUCUGGCGCCUGGAUUACUGGGAGGACGACCUGCGCAGGCGACGGAGGUUCGUGCGCAACGCCUUCGGCUCCACCCACGCGGACGUGCUGCUUAAGGACCUGGAGGAAUACGGCACAGAGGAAGACGAGGCGGUGAAGUCCAGGAAGGCAUUGCGCAGCCAGGCAGUGGUGACCCAGAGCCCUGAGAUGGAGCUCAUGCUGGAGGGGGACGACGAUGCCGUCAGUCUGCUGCAGGAGAAGGAGAUGGACAACCUUGCCGGCCCCGUGGUGCUGAGCACGCCGGCCCAAUUGAUAGCCCCGGUCGUCGUCGCGCGCGGUACCCUCUCCAUCACAACCUCUGAGAUCUACUUUGAGGUGGACGAAGAUGACCCCGCCUUCAAGAAGAUUAACGCCAAGGUCUUAGCGUACUCCGAGGGCCUGCAUGGAAAAUGGAUGUUCAGCGAGAUCCGGGCAGUCUUCUCCAGGCGCUACCUGUUGCAGAACACGGGCCUGGAGAUCUUCAUGGCCAACAGAACAUCGGUUAUGUUCAACUUCCCCGAUCAGGCCACGGUUAAGAAGGUGGUCUACGGUUUACCGAGGGUGGGGGUGGGAACCAGCUACGGAUUGCCGCAGGCCAGACGCAUCUCCCUGGCCACCCCGCGGCAGCUCUUCAAGUCCUCCAACAUGACCCAGCGCUGGCAGAGGCGCGAGAUCUCCAACUUCGAGUACCUCAUGUUCCUCAACACCAUCGCAGGGAGGACGUACAAUGACCUGAACCAGUACCCUGUCUUUCCCUGGGUCCUCACCAACUACGAGUCCGAGGAGCUGGACCUCACCUUGCCGGGCAACUUCCGGGACCUAUCCAAGCCAAUCGGAGCUCUGAACCCGAAGAGGGCCGUCUUCUUUGCCGAGCGCUACGAGAGCUGGGAGGACGAGCAGAUCCCCCCCUGCCACUACACCUCGCACUACUCCACAGCCAUCUGCACCCUGUCCUGGCUCGUUAGGAUAGAACCCUUCACCACAUUCUUCCUGAAUGCAAACAGCAACAAGUUUGAUCACCCUGACCGCACAUUUUCGUCCAUCACCCGCUCCUGGAGGAACUGCCAGCGGGACACCUCUGAUGUCAAGGAGCUCAUCCCCGAGUUCUACUACCUGCCCGAGAUGUUCGUCAACAGCAACAAGUACAGUCUGGGGGUGCGGGACGACAGGGUCUCCGUGUGCGACGUGGACCUGCCCCCCUGGGCCAAGAAACCCGAGGACUUCGUCCGCAUCAACAGGAUGGCCCUGGAGAGCGAGUUUGUGUCGUGUCAGCUGCACCAGUGGGUUGACCUUAUUUUCGGCUACAAGCAGCGGGGGCCGGAGGCAAUGCGCGCCCUCAACGUCUUUCACUACCUGACAUACGAGGGCACCGUCAACCUGGACAGCAUCAGCGACCCCGUGCUGAGAGAGGCCAUGGAGGCCCAGAUCCAGGGCUUUGGACAGACGCCAUCGCAGUUACUUAUAGAGCCGCAUCCGCCACGCAGCUCCGCCAUGCACCUGUGUUUCCUUCCACAGAGCUCCCUCAUGUUCAAGGACCAGAUGCAGCAGGAUGUCAUCAUGGUGCUCAAGUUCCCGUCCAACUCGCCGGUCACCCACGUGGCGGCCAACACGCUGCCUCACCUGGCCAUCCCUGCCGUCGUCACCGUCACCUGCAGCCGCCUCUUCGCUGUCAACCGCUGGCACAACACCGUGGGCCUCCGAGGGGCCCCGGGGUACUCGCUGGAGCAGGCCCAUCACUUGCCAAUUGAGAUGGACCCCUUGAUUGCCAAUAACUCUGGGAUGAACAAAAGGCAAAUCACAGACCUGGUGGACCAGAGCAUCCAGAUCAACACCCACUGUUUCGUGGUGACGGCUGACAACCGCUACAUCCUGGUGUGCGGCUUCUGGGACAAGAGCUUCCGCGUCUACUCCAGUGAAACGGGCAAGCUGACUCAGAUCGUGUUUGGCCACUGGGAUGUGGUGACGUGUCUGGCCCGGUCCGAGUCCUACAUCGGGGGCGACUGCUACAUCGUGUCCGGCUCGCGGGACGCCACGCUGCUGCUGUGGUACUGGAGCGGGCGGCACCACAUCAUCGGGGAUAAUCCUAACAACAGCGACUAUCCGGCCCCCCGCGCUGUUCUCACUGGCCACGACCACGAGGUGGUCUGCGUGUCCGUCUGUGCUGAGCUGGGCCUCGUCAUCAGUGGGGCCAAAGAGGGGCCUUGUCUGGUACACACCAUCACUGGAGACCUGCUGAGGGCCCUCGAGGGCCCCGAACUCUGCCUGCGGCCCCGUCUCAUCUCCGUGUCCAGUGAGGGCCACUGCAUCAUCUACUACGAACGAGGCCAUUUCUGCAACUUCAGCAUCAACGGCAAGCUUCUGGCACAGAUGGAGGUCAACGACUCCACUCGAGCCAUCCUCUUGAGCAGCGACGGGCAGAACCUGGUGACGGGUGGCGACAAUGGAGUGGUGGAGGUGUGGCAGGCCUGUGACUUUAAGCAGCUGUACAUUUACCCUGGCUGCGACGCUGGCAUCCGCGCCAUGGACCUGUCACAUGAUCAGAGGACUCUCAUUACAGGCAUGGCGUCUGGUAGCAUCGUUGCCUUCAACAUCGACUUCAACAGGUGGCACUACGAGCACCAGAACCGGUACUGAGCCGGGCAGCUGGAUGGGGGGGGGGGGGGGGCAGGGCGCGUCCUGCUAUCUCCCAGGUGACCGUGGGUCCCACAUGCCAGUAAGCAGAGGACACCAGUGGAAAGAACAUGCUAUCAGAAGCAGAAAGAGAGAGAUUCUGGUUCGCCUGCCUCUUCCACGAGCGUUCCGCAUCACCCAGCAGCAGCGGUCAGCCACGCUAGUCAGGGCGCAUCCGUUUUCGUCCCUCACUUUCAUUCUCUGGGCACUUGCCAACCGACCUGUGUCACAUGACCCGCGGUUCAUGUUUCUACGGAGACCUUCAGUAGCAAGACAUGGGCCGUCUGUGGAAGCCUUACGACCUACAAAGCAAUGCCUGAAUGAAAAAGGCAGAUUAGCAUUGUAGUUAAUAUUUGGUUAUAAAGUAUAUAAAGUUAUUCAAAUCUCAAACAUCAGGAAUUUCUGAUAAGCUUUUAUCUCUUUUCAUACCUCUGGUCAUUUCAAACUGUGUAGUAAAUAACAGGCGAAUAAAGUUUUGAUGUUUAAAAUCAGAUGCACAAAAGAAGCAUUGCACCAUUGUAAGGUAAUGAAUAUUCUGAAAUAAAUAAGCUAUUGUAGUAAGAAUGGGAAGGUAGUUAGGAAUGAUACAUGUUUCUUACGCAGUGGUACUGUGUUCGCUCUGUAAAUGUGUGGUUUUGCAGAAAUGCUGCAAUUUGACAGCCGAAGCUGCGAAACAUAUUUAAAUAUGUGAUGGACUCUCGACCAUAACCCCAUUUAGGAAUUCACAAUUCUAACCUUUUCGAAUUCGGUCUAUCUGCCUCAGGUGACCAGUGAUUCACUCACAUCUUGAAAUCAAGUGAUUGACUCGCAUCCUGGUAGACAAGAAGAAACAGGCGGAGUCCUGUUAAUAUUAAUUUUAGUAAUUUAUUCAAGUUUUGUUUUCUAUUGUAGCAAGAUCAGCAUAGGCUGUCCAGCAUAAACCGCAUUCGUGUCUCCCGAGGACAAUUUCAGACUGUCUCAGUAACUGCUUAUUUAUUCCUAAAUUAUUUUGUGUGUAAACUUACAAGAAAUUAUUUUAAAAAAACGUUCGCCUUUUGUAAAUACAGAGACCCUCGUCACAGUUGUACAUAAUGUAUUGGUUUGGAAUAUUCGGCAUGAAGUGGAAAGGUUGUUUUCCCAUAAAAUCAAAAUGAAGAAUUUCUUACUCGUCGUUAUAUUUUUGGGCUGGAAGCGUCAUGGGGAAAUGACUAUAAUGAGCGUAAAGCAAGCAGCUGCGGCACCGUGAGCUGUAUCACAUGUCAGCCACCAGAGUGGAGGUGGUCAGGAGGGCCGCUUUGAGCGAGGACUCGCACACGGAAACGCCACGUGACGUUCAAAAUCCUACCAUAAUCGCAGCCAUGUUUUAUUGUUUAAAGGUGUUUUAGAAUCUCACAAAAAAUCUAUGUAGAAUUUUACAAUUGGCCCUUUGAUUUGCUAUUCAUGUGUUUUCGGAUGCUGCCCCGACGGGAAAUGCGGCUUUGCAGCUUGAGAAGAUGGAGGCUCCGCGAUGAUACCGUGUUUUUUUUGUUCCUUUCUUCUUCCCUGUUUAUUUGAAAAAAGUUUCCUGUAUGGAAAUAGAAAGAUGUGGAUUUGGAAAUAUUAUUUUAGAGUGUAUUUUAAUAUUUACAUGUCCCAGAUGACGUGGAGAAUUAUGUAUUUGGAGAAAAUAUGGGGAGAAAAAAAUCUAAUAUAUUUUGGGACAAAUGUACGACAAUUUUAUUUUUCGAUCUGGUACAUAAUUGAACAUUGCAGCAAUGAGAGAUGAUGGAAUGUGUUUAAUUUUUUCUGAAAUAUAUGAUUUAAAUCCGAUAUGAUUUUGUAGCCUAUUUAUAUUUAUUUAUUUAAAAAUAUAUCUAAAUUUCUCCUCCAUAAGGGUUUAAACAUUACAUUUGCUACGAUAAUGAGAGCCUUGGUUAUAUUCAGUUUUGGAUAUGCUUCAUAAAAUAAUUUGCUGUAUUUAUAAUUCUGUUUUGAUAUGGUCGUUUAUUUUUUGUUGCCCCUGAUUUAACGAGUUAUCUAUUUUGACUGUGUCUCUGCAUCUUUAUUAGGCGAAAUUUGAUGUUUGUUCAAAACUAUUUAAAUGAUACCAAUAUAUAAAAAUGGA